GCGCUCUCCCCGGUCUCAGUUCCCAGCAGCUGACAUUCGGAGGCGCUGCCUGGACUGCGGAGGCACAGCGUAGCCGCCAGGGCUACCACUGAGGCCCUCCACCUCCUCCAUGAGCCGCCUAAUCCUCUUUCACAGGCAUCCACGUUGGUGGCCCUUCCUGCCUCUUGUUGGAGAAGAUCCAUCGUUUUAACGAUGCGCCGCUGGGUGAAGGAGAACUCCCUUUCGUCCCUCCCGAAUCUCCCAGCGUUCAGCGCUGCUGGGCGGCCCCCGAGUUCGAGGGUUACUGGGGCUAUUAUUUCAGGGCAUAAAAAAGGGGGCGGGACGACGGAGGGUCCCGCUGAUCGGCCCCUUCCGCGUGCUUGCGGGUUUAAGAGCUUUUGUUUAUCUCCGGCUCUCCAUCGGCGCGGCGGGCAGUGCCGCGGUUCGCAGGGUCGGCCGCUGUUAAGCCAUUUUCGCCUGAGGCAGAGGAUUCCGCCAGCGCAGCGGCUGGGCCCGGCGUGGGGCAAGAGUCUGCGUGCCGCUCUUCCCUUUUUGUCUCUCUGCGGUCGCUUGUACCAUAGAGGUGCGGAGAACGUUCUCUUGAUCGGAAGUUGAAGUCGUGUGCCUCUCUAGCCAUCUGUGGGAAAGAGCGGCGGGAAUGACGUUACCGGAGGACUGCAAGUAUGCGGGACCGGGGCGGCGGCGGCGGCUCCUUGGGUCCCCGGCCGGAGUCGCGGCGGCGGCGGCGGCGCAGUGCGGGCGUCGAGAGCCAGGAGCUUCCAAGGGCAGGCGACUCCGUUUCCAAGUCGAAGCACAGACAGGAACAUGAGGAUGAGGAAGAUUGCAAGGCGCUUCCCAGAAAGAAGCAGAAAGUCCCUGGGAAACCGCAGCACAUGGGGAUACAGCAUCAUCUCAAACCCAAAUACGUCCAUAGAAAAAGGGAUCCACCAGCAUAUGCAGCAGGCAGCCCAGAAGAACAAUGGUACUUGGAAAUCCUGGACAGAGGCCGUGUUACUUGCCCAACCUGCAGAGCCGUAGUGAGGAAGACUGUGGAGGGACUGAAGAAGCACAUGGCAAACUGCCAGCAGGAGAUGUUCACAUGUCACCACUGUGGGAAACAGCUACGGUCUCUUGCAGGAAUGAAGUACCACACCAUGGCAGACCACAACAGCCUGCCGUUUGGGAAGGAGGUGAGCCAGCAGGGUGAGCAGAGCGAGAGAGGCCACUUGCGGAGGGUGCUGAAGCGGAUGGGGAAGCUCAAGUGCACAAGGCAGGGCUGUGGAGGCAGCUUCACCAGCAUCAUGGGGUACCUGUACCACACACAGAAGUGUGGGAAGGCAGCUGGUGAGCUGGAGGAGAUGGCUCUGAAGUGCCACCACUGCGGCAAAGCAUACCAGUCCAAGGCGGGCCUCGCUUACCACUUGAAGUCUGAACACGGCCCGGUGCUGCUCUUUUGUGAAGAUGGCCAGCCAACCCACAGGAAGGAGGCAAACGCAGAGCCAAGCAGUGGAGGCCGCCGCGUUCAGAGGAAGUCUGCCAAGGUGGCUGCCUACUACCUGCACGAGCUGGCCAACGAGGAACUGGUCAAGGAGUGGCCCAAGAGGAAGGUCUUGCAGGAUCUCGUUCCCGAUGACCGGAAGCUGAAGUACACUCGACCAGGGCUGCCUACCAUUCGCCAGGAGGUCCUGUGCAAGUGGAGGUCAGACAUAAAGCUGUACCGACGUGUCCACUGCCCAAACCAGGGCUGUGAGUGUGUCUACAGCAGCAUCUCGGGCCUCAAGUCCCACCUGGGCAGCUGCACGUGGGGUGAGUUUGUCGCUGGGAAAUACCGGUGCCUGCUGUGCGAGAAGGAGUUUGCGUCUGAAAGUGGCGUCAAGUACCACAUUAACAGCGUGCAUGCGGAGGACUGGUUUGAUGUCAACUCAGCCACCACCCAGAGCUUUGGAAAGCUGCUGAAGCUGCAGCCGAAGGAUGAAGACCAGAAGAGGCGGCAGCCCAAGAAGCCCCUGUCAGACGGGAGCCGCAAGAGGAGGCAGAGGGCAGGGGCCUCUCCCAAGAAGGCCUCACCCAGGCUGGGAGCAGCAGAGUGCCUCAAGGCUGGCUGCCCUCAGCUGGCAAGCGGGGGGAGUGAGGAGGACCCGGGCCCUCCCCCUCUGAAACUCGCCCACCGAAGGGGGAGGAAAUGGCUGCUGCAACAGAGCGCAUCCUGUCUCUAGGGAGCCUAUAGUGACGGGAAGCAAGUUCCUGCCGGCCCUCUCCCUUGCCCCCGGUCUCUGAGCCACUCCUGGCUCCAUUCCUUGUGCAUAAAAAAAAGGGGGUAAACCCUGAAUGCCUAAGGAGGGAGUUUCAGUGUAUUUAUUGUAUAAAUUCUUUGAAGAAAUAGCUUAUAGUAUAAAAUGCCCAACGCGUUUCAGCCCAUCAAGGGCUUUCAUCAGGGGCUGCAAUCCAACAGAAAAACAUCAUCAGGACAGACAUAUAUUACAUAGAUUGUAACUAUUGAAAUCCUUUACAUGAUAUUAUUAAAACUCAUAUUUUAC